AUGCCCUCCGCAAGACUGAGAAGAAAUGACGGUAACGACCUCCCCCGAAAGUCCACAGGACAACUGCCGCCCUACGGACAUGCCAUCCGACCACUCGCCGGCUUCCUGCAUCGGCGUGGACCGCUGUACCGACCAGUGCUUGACGUGCCCGAAGAGGGCCAAGGCAACAACGAUGGCGCCCCCGCACGAUGGACCGUCUUCUUCCUCGUCCUGACCUUUGCGUCGUGGCUGAUGGGGACGCUGGAGCUCGUGUGGUACUACGACCAGCUGCACAGAGACGGCGGCCGCGACAGGGCGAGGGACACGGUCGUCAUGUCGGUCCUGACUGUCCUCUUCUCCGAAGCCGUCUACUUCGUGCUGGGGUUCGCGGCCCUCUGUGUCGCCGCCUUUUGCUUGACCGUCGAGACUUGCUCGGGGGCGAGGGGUAGGGAAAGGCAUACGUGGGGGAAGUAUUCAAAAGAGGUAUAG